GAAAGUCUCUUAACAGGCAUUUACUUCGUGCUCUGGUCCUCUGGAUUAUGGCUAUGUUCAGAUUGUUCUAAACCUUUUUGUAUCUUUUCGAUAUGACUGCUUUCCAAUUGAGCACUCUACUAGUGCUAAUCGCAAAACUAACAAUAAAUUUUCGUAAAAGGGCGCCCUAAAUUUUUCCCAAAUCUUUUUGAAAUUUUUACCUUCCAAUCCUACCCUUCACUCUCUCACACACACGCAGUAAAAAUCAUCAUCAUCAACCACCAACCUUGUUUUCAAUUUCAUAUAUUUUCCAUUUCUUUUUUCGUAAUACAAUUAAUCAUCUGUAGAAAACUGAAUCCGAGACGUAUGCACUUACACUUUGUGGAAUUGUAAAUAUGAAUUCCACGGAAUCGAUGAAGCUGCUGUUGGCGGCGAGCGGCGGCGACACUGUCAAGCUCUUCGACAUCUCAUUGGAGCCACGGGACCCUUGUGUACUUUCCUACGUGCCGUCUCCGAGUUUCCGAGUGAACUCAGUCAAGUGGAACCACAACAAUUUGGUGGUGGCCAGUGCCGGCGAUGAUAAGAAAAUAUCUUUGCGUAGGAAAAAUGGACAGGGUUUGUGGACUGUCCCUGCCAAAACCGAUAGUGGGGAAAGUAUUGAGGAGUCUAUAUCAACAAUCAGCUUUAGCAACAAAGGAUCCCGAUAUCUUUGUUCUGGUGGAACUGGUCAAAUUGUAAGAAUAUGGGAUUUGCAGAAGAAACGCUGUGUCAAAUGGUUGAGAGGUCAUACUGAUACAAUAGCAGGUGCACUAUACAACUGCAAAGAUGAGCACAUAGCUUCCAUUAGUCGUAAAGGGGAUCUUAUUCUUCACAACCUCGCUUCUGGUACAAAGGCUGCUGAACUCAAGGAUCCUAAUGGACAGAUUUUGGGGGUGCUCGAUUAUUCUCGAAUGAGCAGGCACCUUUUGGUUACUGCUGGGGAUGACGGAUCCAUCCACUUGUGGGAUACAACUGGUCGUAGCCCAAAGGUCUCUUGGCUGAAGCAGCAUUCUGCACCAACUUCUGGCAUUAGUUUUUCACCAUUAAAUGAUAAGAUUAUUGCUAGUGUUGGUCUGGAUAUGAAGUUGUACACUUUUGACUCAGGAUCUAAGAAACCGUCUUCUUGCAUUCCUUAUGAGGCACCUUUUUCUUCCCUGGCAUUCACAGAUGAUGGACUAACCCUGGCGGCUGGUACGACAACUGGUCAGAUUGUAUUCUAUGAUGUUCGUGGGAAGCCACAACCAAUCACUGUUCUUCGUGCUUACGGGAAUUCUGAGGCUGUCUCAAGUCUUUGCUGGCAGAGAUCAAAACCGGUAACUGUAACUGUAAAUGAAAGAAGCUGCACAGAUGAAACUGUGCUCCUGGCAGGUGAUGUAGGAGACUCGUUUUUGAUGCCUGACCCACUUCCUUCUAUGACAUCCUUGAGCCUUUCAACGUCCACAUCAGUGUUCGGAUCUCGAAAUCCUAUUAAUUCAGGUUCUUCUGCAGAUUUAUUUUCUUCUUCUGCAGAUUUAUUUUCUUUUCCAGCAUGUAUUUUUUUCGCCAAUAGCACUCUCAACUUGUCUACUGCAGAAGAAACGUCUGUUAGAAGCAGCUCCUUGACAGGUGGAACUCUGGCUAGAUUACAUGCAUCUCGCAGUUAUAACUUCAAGGAUGAUAUGGAGGUGUUUUCUCCACUUGUGGAAGUUCAACCAAUUACACCCUCCCUUGAUAAAUUGUGGGGUGAUCGUGAGGGUCCAAAGAAAGACCUGGAUAAGAAACCAUCUUUUCUGUAUCCUUCGUCUAGGAGGUUUGCUCUUUCAGAGGAGGUGGCCAAUGAUAGCCAUCCAAUUUUUGACUGGAAAUCCAAUUCAACAUCCAAACAGGAUGACAUGCAUUCUACUUUGUCACAAUUGACAUCCACCUCUGCCUCCACCUAUGGUGAUGACUCCUCCAUAACACCACCAGAAUCUUGGGGUGGCGAGAGAUUUUCAGACAAAUUAAUUCACCUUCGUCAGUCAGUCAACGCGCCUUCUCGCUUCUCAAUGUUGACAUCCAGUAGUUUAUCGUCAGGAUCCAUGUUGUCUGGGUCACAAGAUGUUAAUCUUCCAACAAGUCAGAGCACGAGCAGUCUAACAUCAAAUAUGGGCCUGGCCAAAUUGCGUGUCAGGGAAACCUCCCAUCAAGAAACUCUAUUAGCAACUUCAGAACAUCUUUCCCCUUCUCUAGGUACGAAAGGCUUUACAGGAAAGGGUAAUGCUGAUUCUCUCAGUCCUGCCUUUUCUCUUCAUAGAAGAUUUUCCAGUUAUGCCGAGAGAAUAGGUGCUACACCAUCCUUCAGCGAUGCAGCAGUAGGGUCUCCAAAAACUAAGAAAACUGGAGCAGAAACAAGGGAAGAACUUCUUAACAGCCUAUUAUCGCGGUCUGGCAUGUCAUCUGCCACCGAAGCUGGGGUUGUUCCAACUAUAAAUGGCGAAAUCCCACAACUUCAGGAAACUUCUUUGCAGCCCGAUUUGCAGCAGGGAACUUCAUUUACACUUCAGCUUUUUCAGCACACACUUGAAGAGACUCUUGCUUCAUUUCAGAAAUCCAAUCAUGAAGACAUUCGAAAUCUUCACAUAGAAAUUUUAAGACAAUUCCAUAUGCAGGAGAUGGAGAUGUCAAGUGUCAUGAGAUUGAUCUUAAAAAACCAGGCUGAGAUUAUGAAGGAAAUUCAAUCACUUAGAAACGAAACACAGCAGCUGCGUCAAUUACUGUAAAUGUAGCUGGGGACCCUGUCUCAAAGGUUUCAUCUUUUAUGUUUUAGCUGCUAUAUUAUGUUCGAGUCAUUUGCUAGUUGUUUUAGAAAAGAAUGGAACUCUAAGCUCAUUUACAGGGUGACACUAAUUUGAUGGAAGUUAAAUUAUUAAUUUUGUGCCAUGUGAUUGGUUUGAGGUUGCAUUCACCAAGAGAAAGAUUUGUGGGAGGGCUCUGUUUUGAAUAUAUGCAUACUGUUCUGUCUUUGAACAAACCGAACCAUAUUUUAGCAUUACUAUGUACAGGUUAUCUGAUUUA